AUGUUGACCUACCCCGCCUGGCUGCUGCACCGCGCUCGCACACAUGGACAGGCUUUCUUUCUGCAGUUUGGGCUCCACUGCGCAACGCACCAAAUUCGUGUUAUCCUCAUCUCAUGUGUUGUCAUUACGUCGCUCUUCUAUCCCGCUCUCGACCUCUACAUAUCCUCAAGAAGCUCGUCACAGUCCAUAGUUGAAACUAUUAUCACCCCCAACUACGCCCCCGAUUAUAGCGACCUCGUGGACCUCUGGUCAGGGUAUGAUACCCUCCGUGUCCACCACGACUCGAGAACCCGUCUCCAGUGCAGAGACGGACAGACUUUGCGCGUCGAACGCAUCCUCAUCGAAAGCCACCUUGUAGAGGAUGAUGCCGCUGCCAACCACCAAAUCCUCCUUUCCACGCUCGACCUUGAACGCCGUCUUCAGCGCCUGAUAUCCAAGAGCGAUUCAUCUUGUUUAAAGACUGCAAAUGGCCAAUGCCUGGUCGUCUCUCCACUUGCAUUCUGGAACUAUGACAAAGAAUCUAUCCGUUACGACACCAACAUCCUCGACACUCUCAGCUACUCCAAAAACGUCUCUAUCGCAGGCGUUCCCAUUACCCCUCACAUGGUCCUCGCGGGAAGGGCCUCCCUCGAGGACGGCGCCGGCAACUGGUUCGACUCUGCCAGGUUCCUCGCUCUCACCUAUUUCUUCCCGCAAAACGCUUGCGUGCGUUCUGGGUCCGAAUCUGCCCAGUGGGCGCAGCUCGUCCAAAAGGCUGUACUCCAGAAUGCAGAUGUCACCGUUCAAGUACCCGAAUCGACCCUGAUUGCGUUAGAGUACAAUCCUCAACGGUCAGAGUCACGAAAGGGCUGGUCGGCUAUUUCGGCUUUCCUAUACAUAGCCUAUACGGGCUUCACUGUUUACGUCGUGUGGUCCGUCAGAGAAAUGGACAGCGUGCAUUCCCGAGUGGGAGUAACAUUCACCGCUCUUGUCGAAAUUGCCGUUUCCACCAUUACAUCGCUCAGCGUGUGUGCCCUAGUAGGGUUCAAGAUAACGAUGGUCCCCUGGGAACUACUUCCGAUCGUGAUUGUAUUCGUGGGUGCUGAGAACAUGUUCAACUUGGUGGACGCCGUGGGUAAAACCUCGAUCUCGCUCUCUGUGAAGCAGCGCAUUGCAGAGGGGCUCAGUCGUGCUGGUACAUCCAAUACACUUAAGGUCGUAUCAUACAAUGCAAUUCUCGGGGUCAUCGCGGUAUUUUCUUUUGGAGCUGUGCGCCAAUUCUGCAUCUUUGCAAUUGUGGUUUUGGUGGCGCACUGGUUCUUAGCGCACACGUUCUUCAUGGCUGUUCUAUCUAUCGAUAUCGCCCGUCUAGAACUCGAGGAACUCCUUCGCCACGAUCAGAGUCUGGCUCAAGUUGCUCCUCAGUCCCAUAAAGACAACUAUGAUCAAAGCACGAAGCAGCCGCGCUCUGGAUGGCAGAAGCUCGUUUUCACCAUCCAAAGCCUACUGAAAGGUAGAGCAGCGACUAACAUCAGCCUUGUGAUGCUUCUCGCCAUCGCGGCCACACUCUAUUACACGACGUACACCACAUCACCCACAAUCACGCCGCCACACGUCAAGCCUCGCGGAGCCGUUCUACGAUCGAAGAUGCGCGAACCAGCCGCACAAGCAACGAUCGUGUCUACCGCGGAGCAGAUUUGGAAGACGCUGAAUCCCGCACAGACGCCCCUCCUGCACCUUCGGGUGGAGCUGCCGACUGUAAUUACGUUCAGUCCAGAUGCAGACGCAGCCACAGUGAUGCAAGGGUAUCAGGCGCGGUACACGACCCUCACGUUCAAGUUCGUCCUGUGGCUGUUGACGAUCGUGGUACUGCCCAUCGCAGCAACGACGAGUGCGCUGUGGGGCUUGCUGCUAUAUCUGUUGAAAAAUACCGAGCUUCUAGAGGCGCAAAGGCACAGGCUGGACGGGGGCACGUCGUUGAACGGUCAUGGCAAGGAAGACGAGCGGACGCUGCAAGGAAACAUCACUUUCACCACUUUACCUAGAGCAUUUGCCAGCGACGUCGAACUCAUUGCAGCCAGCAAGGACGGGAAAGUCGUCGUCUCAGUUGGUCUGCACAAUGAGAUCACGGUGUGGAACGCUGACACGCGAAAACAUGUCCCGAUUGACCCACAAGACAUUCUACUGCGCAUGGCCAGCACGUCAUCGUGUGCUGUGUCGACUGUGACUUGUGUCAACGUCGACGAAGGUGGGCGAUACUUUGCCAUCGGAACAGGUGCGGGGUUGAUAGUGGGCUGGAGCGUCGAUCGCGGGACGGGCUUUGUGAAGGCAUUGCCAGUCCUGGCACUAGAAAAUUCAUCUGCCAGCGUGACGGAGGUACGGUUCGUCCCAGCUACGCCGUUGGCGCCAUACGAUAGCAAGAUUGGGAUCAAGAGGAAGAAAACUCCAAUACCGACUCAUGGAAGGACACCUCCAGCCAACCCAUCAGCUACUUCAGAACCCAACUCGCUCGAGUCAAAGCCGAGGAGAGGCGUCACCCUGCUUGCAACAUACGAGAGCGGUGUUGCAGCGCGGUGGAACAUCGCCGACUUCCCGACUGUGUCGUUCUUCUCUCCGUCUCGGCAGAGCGAUGCGACUGUUGUUCGCGCGUUACUCAUGCCUGUCCUCCCAGACGACCGCGUCUUGGUCGCCUUUUGCCUGGACGACGGCACCCUCGACAUCAUUGAAACGGGCGAGUAUGCACCGACGAUGCUUGCAGAGUGCAUCCUGCAAGCAGGCGACCCGCUGGACCUCGUGUGGACUGCUCACGCUUGUCGAGCAGAGAUCAGUGGGAGUAUGCGGGUUGUGGUCGCAGCUGCCACCGAGGCCGGCGCAGUCUCACUGUGGGACGGAUCGACGGGGGUGUGCAUUGCAAUUCUCGAGUCGCCUUCUUUGGCACCGACACCCCAUGGAAGGAUAAGCAGGUUGCGAGUGUGUCCCGUGCAAGCCGAGACCUGCCACUUCUGCGGGCAACUGCCGAUGGAGAGCCUCGCUGUUGCCUACUCGGAUGAUUCAGCGAGCGGAGUCGUGCGGUUCGCCAAGCUAUACGUCGAGGAAGACCAAGCACCGACACAAACAAGUCGGCGCUGCUCGUGCGCACGAGCCCACCAUCAGCAGCAGACGGGGCUCCGGCGCGUCUCGUCGCGCGACAGCUUGGUGGGCAGCAUCGUGCCACCACGUACACGCUCGCGGAGCAACAGCAACGCCUCAUCUUCGCAGCUCGGCUCGCCGCGAAUCCCGCGGGCGCGUUUGGCGACUGCGUUCGAGGCAUCCACAGCGGCGGCCUUCCCCGUGUCCGGCCACGGUGUGCACUCGCGGCGUGCGUCAGAAAAGGAGAAGGAGCGAGAGAAGGAAGGGUACCUCAGCCGGCGCUCAAGCGAGCUGCUGCUGACUGUGCCGUUCCCUGUCGGCAGCCUGGCGGAGGACGGAGGCGACUACGACCUUGGAGCUGUCAGUCCAGGUGCUGGGAACGAUACAGGCUUGACACGAAGUGGAGCGACGACGCCGACGCAUUCCCAUAGUGGAUCCCUUGGUGCGAUCAACAUAUAUGCGCAAUCCGUGUGGCAGAACGCAGUGGUGGUACCGCUGGAGGAUGUGAUGUGUGAGCGGGGUGGGUGGGAUGUGAUGAAUGGGCUGGUGGUGGGUAUUCGGAGGAAGCCAAGGAUUCAGAGCAAGUCCAAGCUCGUUCCAGUUCAUUCAUCAACGCCGCCGAAUUCGACCUCGCCGCAUGGCCUGAGUGCUGCAACUCUGGAUAGAUGGGAGAUGUGGUCCUUCGAUCCUGCGCUCAGCCUCCUGCGUGGCUCCGUUCUCUCCACCCUCCCAGCGCGCCCAAGGUCUAGCUCAGAGGGUCGCUCCUCCUCCUCCUCCUUCUCUUUCUCCUCCACUCCGACAUUCUCAUUUACUUCUCGGACGAAAUCUUCGGCAGACUGUAUCGCUAGAUUACCCUUUACACGCGUGUCGCCACUGCUCAUCAUAUCUGAGUAUGCCUUCGCCGGGUUUGGGAACACCGUGGGCCUGUUUUCCUUCUCGUCUUGA